AUGGCGGCGUUAAGCGCUGUUUUCGUGUUGCAUCCUGCAGCUCAGCCAGCUUUGCUUCGGCAUUCUUUGCAAUGUAGGGCCAUAUCUUUGGGACAGCAGCGGAGAGAAGAGGAGUGGAGGGCAGUUCUCAACCCUGAACAGACUCUGCGAAUCAAGAGAACAGGAACAGGAAAGCACAAUGAGGAUGGAGUGCACAACUGUGCUGGCUGCGGAACACCGUUAUACAAGUCCACCACUGACUCCGAUUGCAUCUACGAGGGGCUUCCUGGUGCCAUUAACAGAACGGUGGACGCUGAAGGACACAGGAUCGAAAUAACAUGUGCAGCCUGUGGUCGGCACCUCGGCCACGUCUUCAACGGCGAAGGCUUUCCUACACCGACUGACAGCAUUUGCCUGAAGGUUACGCCCGGAUACGAGUCAGCGGAACUCUUCCCAUCCAAUGAUGCCGUCAGGAUCGUGCUGCAGCAUGUGCUCGAGGAAGCGGAGUUAUCCAUGUUUACUGAAGAUGACCUCUCAAGGAUGGCAAGGGCUGGUUUUGUUACAGUCCACGCGUUGAAGGUGGCGGCUGAAAUUCCUUCGUUCCUGGAACGCACCCUCCCAGGACGUUAUGCGCUUCAGGCUUUCAUUGUUCGUGCUUUCAAAGCUGAAACAUCACGAGAUGGCGACCAGGCCCUAUCAUCAUACACCCAUCGUAGAGUAUUUGGUGUUGGGCACGCCGUGACUCCUGCAAAUCAUUACUUCGUGCAGCCUGACGUUGACAAGAUUGUAGCCGAUCUGGAAGUAGGGAGGUACUGUGUGCUGCUGGGUCCGAGGCAGAGCGGUAAAUCGACUGUAGCCCGGGCUAUCAUGCGGCAGCUCAAGAGUGCAGGCGUUGUGUGGCCAGUUUAUCUGGGUGGACUAGCAGAUGCAAACAUCAACUGGACAACGUCAGACCUGUGGAGUACACUCAUUCGCUACCUGAAGCUGGCUUGUCCUCAGCACUUCCAGGACGCUGCCGGUUCAGAUUCAUUGGCUUUCAUGUCGCUGUUCCACAAUGCAAGGUUGACGACUCCAAUUUGCCUACUUCUGGACGAAGCCGAUGCACUCCUCAACUUAUCUUCGGAGUGCCUGGACUCUUUCUUGUCAACGGUUCGUGAGCUAAAGCAGAGCUUCAACCUUCGAUCGUUCCUCUUGAUCGGAGUUGAGACAGUGAAGGACCUGAUUGACGCAAGAAGCUUGUUGGAGGGCUCCCUCCAGAAAGCAGCAGCAACAGGACAAGGGCCCCGUCCGUUUCCGCAGGAUUAUUCCGUGAUGACGACGGGCUUUGAGCUGCACGACAUUGUCGACUUGCUGGAACAGGUGAACAUGGAUUACAACGGUGCGGUUCAAGAUGUGGAGCAGAUUGCAGCCUCAAUACUGGAGCUUACUUGCGGCCACAAGGGACUUGUUGGCACGUGCUUGGCGUUCGUCCUGCGAUUGGAGUUGUUCAGCUACGUAAAGUGGUUGGAACGCGUGGAUUCUUAUGAGCUGGGGACUUACGUCUUUGAGCAGGACACCUACAGCAGGAUUGUAGACAGGUUCAAGAUCCGUGCUCGUACUCCUGAUGGCUACAAACUUCUACUUGGCUUCCUGGAGAAGGUGGAAAGGCGUUGUAACCUUCAUAAAGUCCGUGACUUGCUUGCAGAGGGUGUUUUGGCUGUGAAGCGGGUAAAUGCAGCUGGUGAUUACUAUGUGGGGAUCUCUUCCCCAUUGUUGCUGAUGGCCAUGUUGAGGGAGUGUGAAAUCAGGAGUGACAAGGUGCAGGGACCGCCCAGCCAGAGGAAGUUGGAUCACAAGUGGUUGAUCGUCCAGGUUGUCCAGACAAUGGACAUGAAAGCGUUGCAAAGGCUGGAGAGCAAGAACUCGGAUGGGCCAUCCGAGUAUGUUUACCAAUUUGCCUUUAUGUGUAGGCUCAAAGCAGUGUUGCGGCAAGCAUACCCACAACGUCACUUGGUCGUCCUUCCAGAGGUAAGGGAGAAACUUGGGGCGAAGAGACGGAAAUCUCAGAGGUGCCUUGACACGCUUGUAACGAAUGGUGGUGCAAAGUUUGGGUUUGAAUUUCAGGUGAAUGGUGACAAAAAGAGUCUGUCAGACCACCAUGAAAGGGCAAAGACUUACAACAAGCAGCACUCGGCUCAAGUCUUUAUGAUAAAUUUCUCCAUAGACAAGCAAGCUGAGGAACUGACGCCAGACAAUGGAGGAGUGAUGUUCGUUGGAGUUACUUUCGACACCAAGAGUGAGACUGUGGUGCUUUUGGGUAACUGCUUCAGGUCUCUGAACUCCGAGUUCCUAUCAACUCCUGUGACAGGGCAUGUUCGUCCUCUAUCCCCAACGGCUAGUGUUGGGGAAGUUGCUGUUCUCAUUGGGGAUUACAUGCAGCUUUUAGAUGCUACUAGUCAGAAGCUUUACAUGCUUGAUCGGUGGAUCCAUGGCUUGAGUCAGCUUACACCUUAUAGGAAGAUUGAUUUCAUCUUUUUCCAUCUUCCUGAUGGGAUGCCACUACCGCAGGUGGAUACUUUGUCACGGAAUGUGUUGUAG